GAGAGAGAGAGAGACACACCGUGGACGUGGAGCGGCACCGAACGCAGCCCGUGCGCCCGUGACCGGAUCCAUCGGACGCAGAAAGUACAGACAGAAAGAGGAAGCCCCCCCCACACCCACCCCGCGGUCGCUCCUCCCCCCGACACCGAGCACACAAACACAACUCGUCACCCACGGACACGGACGCUGCUGCCGCUCCUGCGUGUUUUUCCUGGUGUGUUUUUUUCUGUUUUGGGAACUCUCUGUGGGAUUUAGUGGAUUUUGGUUCCGUGGGUUCUGUUCGGUUCCUCUACGAUGGAAUACUUCCACGAGCACGUCUCUGCGUGGAAAUAAGCAGCUGUGCACGACUCUCAGAUCCAGAACCGACCCGUCGGUAGCCGCUCCAGUCCGCUCCGCUCGCCUCUUCCCGCUCCUCCGGUGCUCCAGGUGUCUCCGCCACCUCCUCCAGGAUGUCCCGGCAGCUCUCCCAGCUCCCGAACCCCGACCUUCCAGCCGGGGCCAGCCCGCAGUUCGGAGGCUGCACCCAGCCCGCGGGCUCCCUCACCGGGGGCCACCUGAGCUCCAUGGCGGGGCUGAAGUCGCUGCUGCAGCACCCGAUGAAGGGCGACCAGCGGCUCAAGAGCCCCGGAGAGGGCAAAGAUAAAGACCGUCUGGACCUGGACGAGGACUCCCUGUGCUCCAUGAGGACCAGUGGAGGUACCGGCUGCUCUGGCACCAACGGUUCCGGAGGCUUCAACCAGUUCCUGGGCCCCCUGCUGUGGGACCGGACCCUGCCUGCGGACGGAGGCCUGUUCCAGCUCCAGUACAUGGACCUGGAGGAGUUCCUGACAGAGAACGGGAUGGGCAGCAUGCACAGCAACAACAGCUCCAGCUCGGCCCAGAUCCCGUCCCAGAGCUCCCAGUCUGCGGUGCCCAACCAGAGCUCCCAGUGCCUGCCGCCCUCCUCGCCACCCUGCUCCACGUCCUCCUCGCCGCCGUCCUCCUCUUCCUCCUCCUCGCCGUCGCUCAUCGGCCUGGAGGUGGCGCCGCCGCAGGGUCUCCCUGGAGGAGGCGACUGUUUUCACGGAAGCCAGACAAGUAUGAAUGACUCCUGCGAGUCUCCCUCCUCCUCGUCUUCGUCCUCCUGCCCGCCGUUGCUCACGCCCACCGGCAGCGGUCCCGACGUCAUGGGGAUGUUCGACAUGGACUCGUCGGACGUGGGGAUGUCCGAGGCCUCACCGCCUCCCAGCUUCGACCCGCGGAGACAUUCGUUCAGCGAGGAGGAGCUGAAGCCUCAGCCGAUGAUCAAGAAGGCCCGGAAGAUCCUGGUGCCCGACAACAUGAAGGAUGAGAAGUACUGGACCCGGAGAUAUAAGAACAACGAAGCCGCCAAGCGCUCCCGGGACGCCCGGCGCCUCAAGGAGAACCAGAUCACGGUCCGGGCCGCCUACCUGGAGCGGGAGAACGCCGCCCUGCGACAGGAAGUGGCCGAGAUGAGGAAGGAACUGGGCCGCUGCCGCAACAUCCUUAGCAAAUACGAGAACCGCUUGGCCGACCAGUGAUGGCGGCGAGGCGGCCGAUCGGGACGAGGAGGAACAUAAGCUGGAUUAAAUCUGAGACUCUGAAUCUGACAAUGGACACGACGAUGAUGAUGAUGAUGAUGAUGAGGAAGAUGAUGAUGAAUGUAAAAGACGAGGAGGCGGUUUCGAAGCUCAGGUGUCUUGUUUUGUCGAGCUCUUAAAAGCGACGGGCGGAGAGGAGAGAAUAAUUUAACAGAUGUGACUUUUAAGAGUUUUGUUAUUGGAGAAUUGUAUAUUUUUAUAAUACUUCAGAAAAAUUAGAGGGAGAGCAAAUUUGGAGAAUAAUUUUGUAUAUUUUCUACAGAUGGGGCGAAGCUACGGUAAAUAUGUUUUUAUUUUAGACGAGCGAGGCGACGUGGGGAAAACCAUCGGUGGGGAUUCUGUGAUUCUUCUAGUCGGAGCGGCGGGAUCGAUGUAACAAUUGUAAUAUAGAGAGGAAUUAUCUUAAAGUCGUAUAGUUCAACAUUUUGUGGAUUUUACUCGAGCACUUAUAUUUUUUCUUCCUGUUCUGUUCCUGUCACUCGAGGAGACGCCUCAGCACUCGUCUUGUGUUGUUUUUUUUAUUUUCAAACCUCUCCUGAUCCGAGUGUUUUUCUGGUGUUUUACAGAAAUCUCUGUGCAAAGACUUUCUGUUCCUGCAGCUUCCCGGUUUUAAGAAAAUGCACAUCGUUACUUUACUGUACUUUUUAAACAAACACACUUUGAUUGAGGCGGCCGGACGCUCAGUCGGUCGGUCAGUGUUCCAGGAAAUGAGUGGAAUUGUAUUAAUUUCUCAGAUUUAUGGGAGAAAUAAAAGCCAAAUUUUUUCCAAAUGCAGGAGGUCCUCGGUUUAUGACGUCCUCAACCUACGGCAUUUCGUCAUUACAUCGGAACCAGUUUAGUGGAUGAAUACGUCGUUAUGCGACGCUAUAAGACGGUUUUUUUCCAUUCUGUAGUUGGAUUGUGCUACAUUCACUAACUUUCUGCCCUUCAUUGUGGCUCCCAAGCGUAAAUCAGACUCUCCUGAAUCCUGAGUUCCGACUUUAUGACAUCCUCGACUUCCGGCGUUUCGUUAUGUCAGAACUGAUUACAGGCGGGUCCUCGGUUUACGACAUACGGCGUUUUAAUCAUUAUGUCGGAACUGGUGAUGGACGGGUCCUCGGUUUACGAUGUCCUUGACACGCAGCGUUUCAUUGGAAGUGAUUGUGGACGGGUCCUUGGUUUUCAGUCUACGGCGAUUUGUCGUUGCGUUGGAACUGGUGGGUCCUCGGCUUGUAACCUACGGUGGGGCGUAAACCGACAGACGGGUCCUCGGUUUACGACCUACUAUUUUUCAUCAUUACGUCCGAACUGGCGAGCGAGUCCUUGGUCUACAACAUCCUCGACCGACGGUGUUUUGACUUUUCUUCAGAACUGGUGACAAACGGGUCCUCGCUUUACAGCAUCCUCAACCAACGGCGGUUCGGUGUUACAUUGGAACUGAUUGCAUGGAUCUUGUUGAUGAGUGGAGCAGAGCGGAUGAAUACGUCGUCAUGUGGUGCUAUCAGAUGGCUUUGUUUCCGUUCUCCGGUUGUAUUCCACCUUGGAUUGUGCUACAUUCGCUAACUUUUUGCCCUUCAUUUGGCUCUCAGUCGUAAACCAGACUCUUCUGAUGGAGUUCUGACUUACGGCGUAAAUUGACUUGCGUCGGGCCGUAGGAACGUAACUCGAGGACCUCCUGUGUCGAUGUCCACAGCUUGUUCGUACUUCUUCCAGUGCUGCUCCUCCCUCGCUGUUCUCUACUGUACGCCAUGGUACACGAUGUUUUGUUCCUGGGGAGAGACGAGGACUUAGUGCUAGACUUUAAUCCCCUUUAAUGACCAUGAUGAGUAGUUACCAUUAUUAUUGUUCUGAUUAUGAUGAUUAUCCCUCUUUAUCGUUGUUCUUCUAUAUUACUGAAUGUUUUCCUUUCUUUGGACAAUCUGUUGCACCUUGAAAACAUCUUCAGUGUUCCUCGGAAAGACUCCUUCAAACGGAGAGACACCCUCUGUGACACUACGCCACCCUCCCACCGUGGAUCUCACAGUAGAAACGUGGCUCAGUGUGACAUCAUACUUCACCUGCUCUGUUUCCCCGGCUGUGGACGGACUAUGCACACUACUGAUACGAUCCCCGUCGGUUUGUUUCAGCCUCCGUCACCCCGUUCAGUGGUUGUUUGCUCUCCUGACCGGAUCUAGAUACCUUCACAGAUGUGGUUGGUGAAUCUUCUCUAGUGACUCUAUCUGCUGCAUCAGUAGUGUCCAUGGCGCCCAGCCCGCCAGUCAGCGCUGGCUCUUUGGAUGUAGUUGAAAAUUUCCCAAAAAACACCAAUAAAAAGAUUGUUCUCAUGCA